CUAACCGGAUCAGCACAUUAGUGCACGCUGUGAGUGCACGCACACGCACAGGCAAACGCUUCAGGCUGGGUGGAUGCUGCUCGGGCACCAUGGAGCAAAAAGCAGCCAAGGAUGAAGGCACGUCCAGGGGACAAGAGUCCUACCAGCGGCGGAUGUGGAAGACUUUCCAGGAGAAAACCAAGCCGUGGCUCAGUCCCAAACUGGGCUCGGAACGUCGCGUUAGUGGCGGAGCAGAGGGCACCAAGAAGGAAUCCGGGCUGUGGAUGUUCAAGAGGAAAAAGAAACACUUGGACCGAGUAUUCUCGUCUUCGCAGCCCAAUCUGCGCUGCUCCUCUCCGCCGCUGUCCCUCGGGACCGGGGACAAGUGCGGCAGACGCGGCGAAGCGGCGGCCGGGACCAGCCUCGGAGCCGAGGGGCGGCAGCAUCUCGGCGGGGCUUCCGCCAGCACGGGAAGCAAGCCCGAGCUGACGGCCCACGGAAGCCCGAAGAUCCACGUCUCGCAGCUCGUAGCGUCCCAACAGAAGAGCUCCUCGCUGGGCUCGGCGUGUUUCGAGAAGCUGGUGGUUGAUCCGGCCGUGGUCCUGGAGGAGAACGACGGGAAGCUGCGGAAGAAGCAAAGUGAUUCUGGCAUCAAUAUAGUGGGCCCUUGUAAUGCAGAACCUCCACCUCCUAUUCCAGCCAUGUACCAGCUGGAUAUUGUCUUAAAGAAAGGCAAUAACCUGGCCAUCAGAGAUCGAACAGGAACCAGUGAUCCAUAUGUCAAGUUCAAGAUUGCAGGAAAGGAGGUGUUCAGGAGUAAAACCAUCCAUAAGAACCUCAAUCCAAUGUGGGAUGAAAGAGCAACUCUCCUGGUGGAAAGCCUGAGGGACCCGCUGUACGUCAAGGUUUUUGACUAUGACUUUGGACUUCAGGAUGACUUUAUGGGAUCAGCGUAUCUCUUCUUGGAGUCACUAGAACAUCAGAGAACACUGGAAGUUACCCUGGACCUAAAGGACCCGCAUUAUCCAGACCAUAAUCUAGGCAGCCUGGAGCUUUCAGUCACUUUAUCACCACGAGAGGGAGACAUGAGAGAUGCAACCAUGCUUUUGAGAAGGAACUGGAAACGAUCUAGUAAGUGUCAGAGUAUGCGGCUGUCAGAUCUACACAGAAAAGCUCAGCUGUGGAGGGGCAUCGUCAGCAUCAGUCUGAUCGAAGGUCGCGGCCUCCAGCCCAUGGAUACCAAUGGCCGAAGCGACCCUUAUGUCAAAUUUAGGAUGGGCCACCAAAAGUACAAGAGCAAGACAAUUCCCAAAACAUUGAAUCCUCAAUGGAGAGAACAAUUUGACUUUCACAUGUAUGAGGAGCAAGGAGGCUACGUGGACAUUACUGUCUGGGACAAAGAUGCUGGCAAGAAAGAUGACUUCAUGGGAAGGUGUACAAUCGACCUCUCCCUCCUGAGUAAAGAACACACACACAAGCUGGAGUUGCCACUCGAGGAAGGUGAAGGCGUGUUGGUGAUGCUGGUGACGCUCACAGCCUCUGCUGCUGUCUCCAUCUCAGACCUGUCAGUCAACGUGCUGGACGACCCGCAUGAGAGGCACCAGAUCAAGCAAAGAUAUAGCUUGUGGAGGUCAUUGCGCAACCUGAAAGACGUUGGGGUGGUGCAGGUAAAAGUCAUCCGGGCUGAGGGACUGAUGGCAGCAGAUGUCACAGGUAAGAGUGACCCUUUUUGUAUAGUGGAGCUGAGUAACGAUCGGUUGCAGACUCACACCGUUUACAAAAACCUUAACCCAGAGUGGAACAAGGUCUUCACUUUUAACGUGAAGGACAUUCACUCAGUACUUGAGGUCACCGUUUAUGACGAGGACCGAGACAGAAGCGCAGACUUCCUGGGGAAAGUGGCCAUUCCUUUACUAAAUAUCCAAAAUGGAGAACGCAAAGCCUACGCCUUGAAAAGCAAGGAGCUGACAGGGCCAACAAAGGGGGUCAUCUUUCUUGAAAUAGACGUGAUUUUUAAUGCUGUGAAGGCUGGUCUCAGGACGCUGAUCCCCAUUGAGCAGAAGUACAUAGAGGAGGAGCCCAGAGUGUCCAAACAGCUGCUGUUGCGCAACUUCAACAGAGUGAGGCGCUGCAUCAUGUUCCUUAUCAACACUGGUUAUUACAUCAACAGUUGCUUCGAAUGGGACUCUCCACAGAGGAGCAUCUGUGCAUUUGUGCUCUUUGUCGUACUCGUCUGGAACUUCGAACUCUAUAUGAUUCCGCUGGCUUUGUUGCUGCCCUUGGCCUGGAACUACAUUCUCAUCACGUCGGGCAAGGAUACAAGACAAGAUGUGCAAGCAAUGGAGGAUCUGAUGGAGGAUGAGGAUGAGGAUUUUGACAAAGAUGACAGGGACUCUAAACCAGAGGCCGGGGACAACAGCCGUGAUAAAAACCAUAUCCUUGAGGAUAUGUUGACUUCCUGGCACUUUGAGUGGAUGCUAGCAAUGAUGGACUCUGAGAGAAAGGGCUUCAUGAACAAGCUUUAUGCCAUUCAGGACGUGUGUAUCAGUGUGCAGAAUGCGCUGGAUGAAGUGGCCUCCUAUGGCGAGAGGAUAAAGAACACUUUUAACUGGACAGUGCCUUUCUUAAGCUGGCUGGCCAUUGUCGCUCUUGGAAUGGCGACCGUCAUUGUUUACUUCAUCCCACUAAGAUACAUCGUGCUAGCCUGGGGAGUGAAUAAAUUCACCAAGAAGCUACGAGACCCUUACACCAUUGAUAACAACGAGAUCUUAGAUUUUUUGUCCAGAGUGCCCUCAGAUGUACAAGUGGUGCAGUACCGAGAACUCAAACUAGAUCCCAAUCCCAGUCCAAAUAAAAGGAAGAAAAACAACCCCGGGUAGAAGUCUUCCCUGGUCGACUUCCUGUGUGCUGCUACAUUACUGGACUGUGAGGAGCAGAGGCAGCCGGUCGGGAACCAACGUGGCGCAGCUACAACUUCCUGCUCAGCUACAACUUCCUCACCCCCGCCCCCACCGUCGCACCUCGUCUUUUCUGUCUGGUAUCCUUCACAAGCUCUUGAAGAUUAAUUUUUGGAAAAAGAAAUGGGAUCAUUCGUAUCCCCGUUUUGCUGCUCAUUAAUUUUAAAAGAGGGGGGGAAAAGACAGAUGUCACACUAAACUAUAUUACGCUUUCUCAUUUCUCACUUUCUCGCUUUGUUUCACACCAAAACCUGUUUAUCUGAAAACAAACCUCACUAAUAAUGCAAUUUUCAUUGUUUUAAGUUAUUGCGUUGUUAAAAAGGCACUGAGACACCUCAUGUUGUCUUCCUCUACCACUAAUGACGCCACAUUCAAUGGCAACCAUUUGGAUUGAACUAUACCGACUCCCAUCAAACACACACGGAAUUUUUUUUUUUAAAGGCAGUUUGGCUUCAACACACAAUUUCCCACUUGUUUCUGGGAUUUUUUCUUUACUUUUAUUUGUGACUGAUUACUGAUGUUUGGACCCGAGAGAGGGUCCUUGGUCACAAUCUUUGAUGGUGCUCAUCCCGUACAGAUUGAGCUCAAGUUCUUCCACACCAAAUUCAUCCAAGAAUGCCUUUAUGGACCUUGCGUUGCGCACUGAGGAGCAGAAAAAAGGCAAUCCCCAAACUCCUCCCACAAAAAUCAUCAUGCAAUCAUUCAGUUGUCCAAAACAGCUCAGUAAGAUGAAUAAUUAAGAUUCAAGGAUUGUAACCAUUGCCCAACCAGCAAUUGAUUAAUUCAUUAUUUAAGAGGUUGGUGACAACACUUUUUUUUUCUUUUUGCAUAUGUGUAUGCUACUAAUCCUUUCUCUUGCGGAACCUCCGGAGUCAAACACAAUUCAUUCCAUGACGCUGGUUGACUCCAAAAUGUUUCCCCUUGGCAAUAAUUAAAGUGAAUUAAUUCCAGACUAAAACUGUCACAAUCAUAAAACCUUCAACUAUAUGGCAAUGUUUUAAGUAUAACUUAAGAUUUUUAAGCAUUGUCGAAAUUCCUCUGUGAAUAGCGGGGGUCCAUGCACGCACAAAACACACAAAGUGGGAGUUAGAAGCUCCACACAACACACGCUGACCUUUCUGAUGGCACAAGCUUCGAGAUCACACGUGAACUAAGUGUGCAGCUACUUGUUCACGCGUGAUAACGUAACGUCUUAUUUGAGCCGGUGCUUACUCUCAGAACUCGCACACAACACACACACACAGCGCAGACACGCCGUGCGUGAUGCUGUGCCCCAGGCCGCCCACUCCAUCCACCCCAACUCAAACUUUGUUGUGAGAGGCGUUUUUGCUUGCAGUAGUUUUGCGUGUUUACAGAAUAAAACAUAAGUUGGCUUCUUUUCACUCUUGUUGUGUUACUAUUUGAUGUCCCCUGCAGCUGUGUAUACUGAUGCGUAGCUUUUGUUCCUCUCAUCCUGACUCCAUCAUACAUUCUCCUGCGUUUUCCCUCACUGUGGUGUGCGUGAGCACCCUCGUAUGAAGGGAUGUUGCCUGUUGCGCCUCGGUGGGAAUAUAGUAGCUCACGUUACUUGGAAGGAGAGAUCCCUGUUAGUUUCCGUGAUGAGCAUGAAAUUUGGUGGACAUGUACCAUAACAGGACACACAAAAUAAGUCUUAAGAACUCAUCCAUGAAGUUGAACAGGAAGUCACCCAUUUUAUUUUGAAGCAGGCAUUUCUAGUGAAUUCCAGGGCUUGCGUAUGUAGCGUGUCUUGUUCUGACCGAUGCGUUCUGUGAGGCGUUCCUGUUGUGCAAUUUUGUAAUAUGGAAGUGCAUUCAGUGUUCCAGCGCAUAAAGUGAGGUUCAUUUAGUUAUGCUUGAUGAGUGUGUGGAAGAACUUGUGAUUCCUGAUUUAAGCUCCAAAAGAGUGAGCCAGAAGAGAGCCUUGGUGGGGGAAUCCCACAGACACACUGUCAAAAUCUUGUCAAAAGUCUUCCCAGAAGUGUAGAAGCUGGUACAGCUGCGAUGCCAUAUUUCAUCUAUUUUGACUUCCUGUAUGUGUACUGGUGUUCCAACAGUGUUGGUGUGCCCAGUAAUUUCUGGAUUUAUUUGACAACACUUUUUUGGCAACAUUUGUAAGCCAACCAAAGUGUUUAAUGUCUUGUCUGCAUUUCAAAGCUAUAAACAGGGGUGUCCAAACUUGAGCCCGGGAGCCAUUUGCAGCCCGCUGCUUGUAAUAAUAUUCACAAAAGACCCGUUGUUUGCCUGCUACUACUUACUUUAUACACUCGAAUAAGAUAUUCAUUAUAAUGUCUCACAUCCUAGUUUUCCACCAACCACACAUCAAAUAAAGAAGGUGAAGAAUGUCAAAGUGGCCCUUGCGUCCUUCCAUUUUUCUGUCUUUGGCCAUUGGAAGAAAAGGUUUGGACACCCCUGCUACAAAUGAAUGUAUCAUCAGACUGUAAAGAAGAAAAAAAACAACAACUCUUAUUUGCACCCACUUGAAAUGAGACUAUUUAUUUUUUAACUCUACAUGUACAUAGCUAAGUCCUUAUUGAAUGAUGGUUGUAUUUUAUACAGUAUGCUUGUUGAUGGUCUGCUAUUGACACUGUAAAGUACCUGUAUGCCUGCCUCCUUUUCUAAGGUGUCUUUUUCUUGUGUGUCUGCCUGCAAUGUUUGUGCCUGCCUGCGACAUCACAGUCAUGUGUUCAACCUGUGGCAACGUGUGACCGCAGAAAGACUGCAGGAGCUCAGGUGGGCUGGCUCACUUCAACAAAUCAACUCUUGUCUCGCGUAAAUGAAACACAUCUGAUGGAUGUCCAAGAAGAGAAACAUGACAAUAAAUGUGUUUUUAUCUUUA